CUCCGGCAGCCCGGCCGGGGCGCAGCGCAGCGAGAGCCCCGGAGCGGAGCGGAGCGGAGCGCACCGGCCGCCAUGCGGCUCCCGGCCCGGUGACGGCGGGGAAGAAACCGAAGGGGGAAAAGCUGACGCGCAGAUGAGUCCUGAUAAGCCGCUUUUUCCCCGGCGGGUGAAGUCCCUGGGCUCGGUGGUGCACGGGGGAAGGGCGCUUGGCCUGUGCGGCGCCGGCUGUGAGAGAGAUGUGCGCUCCCACCCCAGGCCUCAGAAGGGUGAUGGUGCUUCUGGCUGCAGCCCUGGUCGCCGCGGGGGAAGGCUGGCGAGAGGAAGGUGUGCAGUACGGCCAGGUGGGAGCGGACGUCAUCCUGUCGUGUGCCGGCCCCCCCGGACGCUCGGGGGUGGAGUGGCGGCGGGACGGGGCGGCCGCGCUCCCAGAGGGCUGCAUCCUGCGGGACGGCGACCUGCUGCUGCCACAGGCCGAGCUCGCUGCGGGAGGAGCCUACAGCUGCCAUGACGGGACCGGGCAGCUCCUCCGCUCCGUCUCCCUCCGGCUGGGCUACCUGCCCGGGAUCCCGUCCGUCACCUGCCGAGCUUCUGACUACGAGAAUUUCUCCUGUUCCUGGACACCCAGCGUGGAGACGUUCCUCCCCACCAGAUACAUCACCACCUACCGGAAGAAAUUGCUGAUGGGCGACGAGAAAUGGAGCAGGACCCAGAGCAGCCAGGUGGGGCCGUGUGUGCAGGACCCCGGGCGCCCGCGCACCUGCACCGUGCCCAAGUGUGAGUUCUGGAGCUCCUACCGGCUCAACGUCACCGAGGUGAACCCGCUGGGCUCCAGCUUCCGGCUGCUCGAUGUCACCAUGCAGGCCAUCAUUAAGCCGGACCCUCCGGAAGGGCUGGUGGUGGAGCUGGUCCCGUCGGCCCCGCGGCGGCUGCGGGUCCGCUGGCAGUACCCGGCCUCCUGGCCCAAGGAGCCCCACUUCCAGCUGAAGUUCCGGCUCCAGUACCGGCCCGUCGCGCACGGCUCCUGGUCCAUGGUGGAGACCGUGAACCUCUCUGAAGUCAUCACCGACGCCUUCUCCGGCCUGGAGCACGUGGUGCAGGUCGGCGCCAAGGACUUCCUGGACGCCGGCAACUGGAGCGAGUGGAGUGCCGAGGCGCGGGCCACGCCCGGGCCAGGCCUGACGGUGGCACCAGGUGACGAAGCCACCACCGACGCCGGCCUGGAGAGCCCGGCCGAGGAGCCCUCGCUGGCCCCCAACCCGGAGCCCAUCGAUCGCAGCGACCCCCUGGAGAAAGUGGCCGUCCUGAUCUCGCUCGGGAUCUUCGCGUUCGUCAUCCUGGCCGUGGUCCUGGGCAUCGCCAGCACCGUCUGCCUCCGUCUGAGAAAACCCAGCAAAGACGAGACCAAGAAGCACGACUUCCUGGCAGCUGCCGUGCACAUGAGAGGCCUGCCCAAGGCCCAGAUCUUGUAGCAGGAGCUGCAGACACCGCCGCUCGCUCGCCCGCCCGCCCCGCCCAGGACUGUGCCACCCGCCCCUGCCAGCGCCGCGCCCAGACCCCAGCACAGACACUCGCUGGCGUGGAGGGAGACGACGGGGUCGGUGCCAUGGUCCGUCCCUGCGCCGUGGGUGCCGCUGGUGCCAGCGUGUGGACCUGAGCCGGAUCCGCACCCGAUGGGGACUGGCCGGGGGGGUGAGGCGUCCGCGGAGCUGAGAGGGGACACGGGGACCCCACCCCAGCCCGCUCUGCUGCCAGGCGCGGACGGGGUCCUGGAGGGUCUGUGGACAUUGGGAGCCUGGCUCGGGGUGCCGGCGGGCGAGUGAGGGUGACACUGACCCCUCCCCACCCUGAACCCCCCCCCUCCAGUGGCCGGGAGGACUCU